AUGGUACAUAGGCUGAAUGUAUCGCCUUCCUUCCCAUCCAUUCGACAGAAGAAGAGGGUGUUCACCCUGGAGCGAGAUCAGGCCAUAGCAGAAGAAGUCCGCAAACUACAGGAGGUAAGAUUCAUUAGGGAAGUUUACUACCCCAAUUGGCUGGCGAAUGUGGUAAUGGUUAAAAAAGCUAGCGAGAAGUGGCGAAUGUGCGUGGACUUCACUGACCUUAACAAGGCCUGCCCCAGAGACAGUUAUCCCCUCCCAAGGGUCGAUGUUCUAGUAGACUCUACGGCUCGACAUCAGUUGUUAAGCUUUAUGGACGCCUUCUUGGGUUACAACCAAAUCCGAAUGCACAACGCUGAUCAGGAGAAAACUUCGUUCGUAACCAGUCAAGGCCUCUUCCGUUAUAAAGGAGGAAGAUCACCUGGAGGACCUCAAGGAAACAUUCGACACCCUUCGUUCUUACAACAUGAAGCUCAAUCCGGGAAUAUGCGCCUUCGGAGUAACGGCAGGAAAAUUCCUAGGAUUUAUGGUGUCUCAAAAGGGGAUCGAGGCCAACCCGGACAAGAUCCGGGCUAUUAUGGAGAUGGCACCGCCAAGAAAUGUGAAGGACGUACAAAGCCUCAACGGAAAAAUAGCAACAUUGAAUAUGCAUUCGAGGAGUUGAAGACUUAUCUCUCCUCCCUGCCACUGCUAAGUCCAUCGCAGCCAAGAGAAGAGCUUUUCCUCUACCUAGUCGUUUCCCCCGUAGCCGUCAGCACUGCCUUAGUCAGAGAAGAAGAAAGAGUACAAAAGCCCGUAUACUACGCGAGCCGGGCGCUUCGCGGUGCCGAAGAAAGAUACCCACCUAUGGAGAAAUUUGCCUCUGCAUUAGUUACAACAGCUCGCAAGCUCAAGCCAUACUUUCAAGCCCAUAUGGUGAACGUUCUGACCGACAAACCAUUGCAACGGGCGACGAGCAAUCUUGAAGCUACGGGUCGACUGGCGUUAUGGGCUAUAGAGUUGAGCGAGUUUGAUAUCCAGCACCGCCCACGGACAGCCAUCAAAGGACAGGUCAUCAUGGACUUCAUAGCAGAGUUCACUCAUGGCGAAGACAAGGAGGCAGAAGAGUCCCCUCGUUGCAGCAUAUAUACAGACGGAUCAUCCAACAAACAAGCCGGGGGGGCUGGCAUCAUACUACUAUUGCCUGAAGGAGAUACGGUUGAAUAUAUGGUCCGUCUCAACUUCCCCACCACUAACAAUGAAGUAGAGUACGAAGCGUUAGUAGUAGGCCUCGACCUCGCCAAAGCAGCAGGAGCCACAAGCGUAGUCGUUUAUUACGACUCUCAAGUCGUUGCUAACCAAGUGAAUGGAGACUAUGAGUGCAAGGGCGAAAGGAUGAAGAGGUACCUUGAUCAACUUUCUCCACUAAUAGAUUCCAGCGACAUACAGGAGAUAGGCUCUGAAAGUAACUGGACCACAUCGUUAGUUUCAUACUUAAAAAACAGGGUCUUAUCAUACGGAAAGGAGGCUGCAAGAAAGCUGAAGGUCCAAGCGUCGAGAUUCGUUUUAAUAAAAGAUGUCUUGUACAAAAGAGGUUUCUCCCGUCCAUAUCUGAGAUGCUUGGGUACGGAAGAGGCAGACUACGUCACGAGGGAGGUACACGAGGGGAUUUGCGGAAACCAUUCAGGAUCAAGAUCACUAGUACACAAGCUCGUGUGA